AUGGCUUAUGUUUGGUUACUGUGCGGCUUGCUAGGUCUUCAACUUGACCUUGCUUUGGCCCAGCAGACUGAUAUUCUUCAAUAUGUUGAUCCGCUCAUUGGCACAGGCUUCGGAGGACAUGUCUUUGCUGGUGCUACUCUGCCUUUCGGCAUGGCCAAAGCCGUUGCAGACGUCAAUGGUGAAAACCAAGGCGGUUAUGCGAGCGACUACAGUAACAUUACAGGAUUCAGUCAUAUGCACGACAGCGGUACAGGAGGAUCGCCCUCGCUUGGCAAUUUCCCUCUUUUCGCACAACCCGGAUGCCACAAUGAUGUCCUGGAUGAAUGCAAAUUCACAUCUACCGAUAGAGCUACUCCUCAGAUCAACGGCUCCGUUUUAGCAGAACCAGGAUACUUCACAAUUACCCUUGAGAAUUCUGUUCGCGCCGAAAUGACUGUGACGAACCACACAGCACUCUACCGCUUCUCCUUCCCAGAAGGGACCGCAGACAUGCCUCUAAGCCCGCUCAUUCUGGCAGACCUUAUUGAUCUGCCUAAGUCUAGAACCAAUGGCUCGAUAUCUGUAGAUCCAGAUUCUGGUAGAAUAGUCGGCAACGGAACCUUUAGUCCAAGUUUUGGCAUUGGCACAUAUGACCUACACUUCUGCGCCGACUUCUCCGGUGCCAGCAUCCGCGAUACUGGUGUCUUCAUGAACAACAGGGCUGGCAGCCAACCUAAGAACCUUAGUGUUGUACCCGAUGGAGUCAACAUCUCCCCCGAGAUUCUUCCUGCUGGAGCGUGGGUCCGGUUCAAUGCGCCUGAGAACAACUUGAAUCAAAUAUCAGCUCGUGUCGGGCUGAGCUUCAUGAGCACUGCCCAAGCAUGCUCAAAUGCCGAGAAAGAGAUACCCGAGUUUGACUUCGACAGCACUCGCUCCGCAGCACGUCAGGCUUGGACUGAUAAGAUGAGUGUGAUAGCAGUCACACCGGGCGAUGUUAGUGAUGAGUUCCAGACCAUCUUCUGGAGCGGACUGUACCGUGCUUCUAUCAGCCCGCAAGAUUAUACCGGUGAGAAUCCUCUCUGGAACAGUACAGAGCCUUACUACGACUCUUUCUACUGUAUCUGGGAUUCGUACCGCAGUAUUCAUCCCUUGAUCACACUCUUCGAUCCUGAAUCUCAGGCAUUAAUGAUCAGAAGUUUACUGGACAUAUACCGACAUGAAGGCAAGCUCCCAGAUUGUCGCAUGUCGCUGUGCAAAGGAUUUACACAAGGCGGUUCCAAUGCUGAUGUUGUGCUGGCUGAUGCAUACGUUAAGAAUCUGACUCAAGGCAUCGACUGGGCUCUUGCCUACGAGGCUGUUGUAUCAGAUGCUGAAGACGAGCCACUCAACUGGGCAGUCGAGGGACGUGGCGGUCUGACCUCAUGGAAGUCCCUAGGUUAUAUUCCCGCUGAUGACUUUGAUCCUCACGGAGUUGGUCCUUUCACUCGUAGCGUCUCUCGUACGGUCGAGUACGCAUACAACGAUUUUUGUAUCGCAGAGAUGGCGCGUGGUCUAGGGCACACUUCGGACUACGACAAGUACGUCUCACGCUCGGAGAACUGGAGAAAUCUGUACAAAGAGGACCAAAACUCUACCAUCAACGGCACACAGACCGGCUUCACGGGUUUCCUGCAACCCAAAUUCAUGAACGGCACUUGGGGCUAUCAAGACCCUAUCUUCUGCUCUCCUCUACUCAACUUUACGUCGUGCUAUCUCAACCCUGAUGGGCAUGAGACAUACGAGGGAAGUAGUUGGCUGUACACAUUCUACGCUCCUCAAGACAUGGCUUCCCUAAUCACGACUCUCGACGGUGCGGAAUUAUUUGUAGCACGCCUUGACUAUUUCCACGAAAGCGGUAUUCUAUACAUCGGCGACGAGCAAGGCUUCCUGCCAGUGUACCAGUACCACUAUGCUGGUCGCCCAGGCAAGAGUGCUGCACGAGCACACUCCUACAUCCCUUCUCAAUUCAAUACGACUGUCAACGGCAUUCCUGGAAACGAUGACUCGGGCGCCAUGGGCUCUUUCAUCGUCUUAGCUAUGAUGGGACUCUUCCCUGUUCCGGGGCAGAACGUCUAUCUCAUCACACCUCCCUUCUUCCCAGAGAUUAGUAUCAUGAACAAAGUUUCUGGCAACAAGGCAACGAUUCGGAAUGUUGGUUUCGACGCCGAGUACAAGAACGUAUAUGUACAAAAUGCCACGCUGAACGGAGUGCCGUAUACGAAGAGUUGGAUGGGACAUGAGUUUUUCGUUGAUGGAGGUGUGCUUGAGUUGACUCUUGGACCUGUCGAGAGUGCUUGGGGUACGAGAUAUGAGGAUCUGCCUCCCAGCUUAUCCACGGGUUAA